CAGCGAUUGGUCUGUCCCUAAGGAUAAAUUUAAAAGCCCAGGUUACCUACGGGAAGCUGUUCAGAGUAGUCGCUAUGACAAUGGAGCUGAACAGCCGCGAUCAGGGGCAGGGCUGUAAGCUUGCGCUUUGUUCCUUGACCUUAGUUCUCUGGGGUGUUUUUGGGGCCAGAGCACUGGACAACGGCUUGGCGAGGACGCCUACCAUGGGCUGGUUGCACUGGGAGCGUUUCACGUGCAACCUUGACUGCGAGGAAGAGCCUGACUCCUGCAUCAGUGAGCAGCUCUUCAUGCAGAUGGCAGAGCUCAUGGUCUCUGAUGGCUGGAAGGAUGCAGGUUAUGAGUACCUUUGUAUAGAUGACUGUUGGAUGGCUCCCGAAAGAGAUUCACAAGACCGUCUUCAGGCAGACCCUGAGCGUUUUCCUAGUGGGAUCCACCAUUUGGCUAAUUAUGUCCAUAGCAAAGGACUAAAGCUAGGAAUUUAUGCAGAUGUUGGAUAUAAAACCUGUGCAGGCUUCCCCGGGAGUUUUGAACACUAUGACAUUGAUGCACAGACCUUUGCUGACUGGGGAGUAGAUCUGCUCAAAUUUGAUGGUUGUUUCAUUGACAACAUACAGAAUUUGGAAGAUGGUUAUAAGAACAUGUCCUUGGCCCUGAACAAGACUGGCAGAAGCAUUGUAUACUCCUGUGAGUGGCCUCUUUAUAUGAUGCCCUUUCAAAAGCCCAAUUACACAAGUGUGCGACAGUACUGUAAUCACUGGAGGAAUUUUGAUGAUGUUUAUGAUUCCUGGAAAAGCAUAAACACUAUCUUGGACUGGACAUCUUCUAACCAGGAGAAAAUUGUCGAUUUUGCUGGACCAGGGGGUUGGAAUGACCCAGAUAUGUUAGUGAUUGGCAACUUUGGCCUCAGCUGGGAUCAGCAAAUAACUCAAAUGGCCCUCUGGGCUAUCAUGGCAGCUCCUUUAUUCAUGUCCAAUGACCUCCGACAAAUCAGCUCUCAAGCCAAAGCUCUACUUCAGGAUAAGAAUGUAAUUGCCAUCAACCAAGACCCCUUGGGAAAGCAGGGGUACUGUCUAAGAAAGGGUCACAAAUUUGAGGUUUGGGAGCGACCUCUUUCAGACUUAGCCUGGGCUGUGGCUGUGAGAAACCUGCAGGAAAUUGGUGGACCUUCCUCUUACACUAUGUCAGUUACUUCCCUGGGUCGAGGAGUAGCCUGCAAUCCUGGCUGCUUCAUCACACAGCUCCUUCCCCUGAAAUUGGAGCUUGGCUUCUAUGGAUGGACUUCAACCUUAAAAACACGAAUAAACCCCACAGGCACUGUUUUGCUUAGGCUAGAGCAAAAGAGAGCCUAGAUAUACUUUUUAAAAUAUGUUUCCUGUAUUUCCACUUUAAAAACUUCAGUUCACUGGGCAUGAUGGUACAUGCCGUUAACCCCAGCACCAGCAGAGGUAGGAGGAUCACCGUGAGUUUGAGGCCAGCCUGGGCUACAGUGAGACUCUAU